AUGGCACAGGCUGACUUUCAGGUGGCACUGCAGUUCGUGCUGGCCGAGUCCUGGGCAGGGAUUUCUUUUUUGCGCAUGCAGAAGCUCAUCAAGAAGCUGCAAGCUGAGAAAGCCUUUUGGGAGGAGAUUCAGAUUUUUCAUGAGACAAUGAAGAGCUUUCAGGAGACGAUGAAGGUCUUUUGAGAAAGAAUCAGAGAUUUCAAGAUGGCCAUCCAAGCCUUCUGGGAAGAGGAAACGCCCAUCUGGGAGGAGGAAGCUGCCUUUCAGGAGGAAGAAAAGGCUAUUCAGGAGGAAGCAGAAGCCUUCUGGAGGGUGUAUCAUGACUUCUGGAAGGACUUUAAUGCUUUCUGGAAAAGGGAUAAGGAUUUCCGGAAAGAAGAUCAGGUCUUCUGGGAGAAAGACAGGAUCCUUCUGGAUAAGGACAGAGUCCUAUAGGCAGAAGAAGAAACUCUCUGGGCAGAUGAAACAGCUCUCCUGGAAGAGGAUUGAGCUCUCUGGGAAGAUGAGGCCCUCCAGGAAGAUGAAUAA